AUCAACAGUGGAAGAAAAGAAACUGCACCAGGGGAGCAUUCAAUGUCAUUGCCACAACUGGAUCCAUGAAACUGCAAAAAAGGACAAACUUGACCCACAAGUUUUCAGAUUCUGGUGGCAGAUUCUGGGAAGAGCUUUCAAUUAAUCUUGAUCAUAGCACAAACUUUUCUAAGUACUUGGGGCAUCAAAGUGCUAAUUUUUCUGUCACUGAUCUGAUAGAGGAAUUGAAAAUAGAGGACCUAAAUUCCCUCCCACUGUCUGCAGCAUGGCUGCCAUCAACAGAAAGUCACAACGACAUUGAUAUGGAACCCACCAAUGAUCUCCAAACAGCAAAUGAAAGUUUUCAUACAGAGAUGAUGAUAAAUCUGCCUCAAAGAUAUUCAAGGACCUCAGAACUUUCCAAAGGGUUGGGAACUUUUACUGAUGCAGCAGGGCUGAUAUCUGAUCACUCCUUGCUCAUGGAUGUUGAGUUUUCAGAAUCUACAGGACUGUCAUCAAAUCCUGUGGUGACUCCUUUGCCCCAGCCUCUGCUAGCAGGAUCUGAUGGUGACAUUGUGAUGCAUGAUGAAACAAUGAUCAGGAAGUCAAAAGGGAUGCCAAUUCUAGAACGGGUUGGGGAAACACUACGGCAAAAAAAGCUGCGUGCCACCCAGGCUUGAGGUAGAAAAUGGAUAUUUGUUAAUAUUAUAUGUAAUAGAACAACAGUGAUGAUAUGUGGUGGGUAGAGCAAUGGAAGAAAGAAAAUAUUUGUCUAGCUUUAGCUCCUUCCUUUUCUUCUUGCUUACAUCUCUUUUCUAUGUCCCUUUGUAAGUAGCAAUCUUGUCCAAUCUUUUGUGUUUCACAGCAGGCGUGUAGCUGGGGAGACCCCUACAUUUCCUUCAGUCCCCAUCCAAAUUUUUCUGGAUGACAGAAAGCAGAAAGCAGCCCCCUUUCCCAAUUCUUUGGCUGCCACACCCUGAGACUUUUGAACUAGCUACAGACUGUUCCAACUGUCUUGGAUAAUACUUCUAGUCAU